AUGGCAGUGGUGCCGAAGGGGCUCCGCACUUCCAAUGGGGAUGGUGCGUCCAUGCGAAUCAGCCGAGAGGACGCAAUGGCCAAAGUGCCGCUCAUGGAGUCAGAUGUAGAGACGGCUGCCGAAGCUUCAGUGGAAACCAGCCACGAGCCGGUUGGGCGAAGCGUAGCGCCUUUGCCGGGCCAAUGGCAUCAUCAUUGUACCGACCCUUGCUGGAUUCUUCUACUGAUCGCAGCACUUGGCGUGCUCUAUUUCCCGAUUCAAGAGGCGAUGCAGGCAGGCGACAUGUCCAAGUACAUGCGAGGCUUUGACUACAUGGGUAGGAUGUGUGGUCGAGACGAGUGCGCUCCCGGUCAGAUCUGUGGACGCUUCAUCUACUUCUGCUCCAAGCUGGAGGAUAGUGGCAUCGACACUCUUCAUCCGAUCUGUGUUGACAGCUGCCCCACGAGCAAUUCUACAUCGCACGUUUGCUUUGAUUCAGACACUCACAGCACCCUCCUCGUGCCUGAUUGGCCUACGGAGGAGUUCAACAUGAAAUGCCUGCAGCGGUCCCAUCGCUUGAAGGCAGAGGAGGAGCACGAACGCAAGAGGCUGGCCGGGGAUGUGACCCGUUUCAAGGCAGGUGCGGGUCACACUCCCGGAAUAUUGCUCGACUGCAUCGCAUCUAUUGCGAGGGCCCGGUUGCACCUUGUGAUCGUCAUUUUUGUUUCGACUGCCGCCGGCUUCAUGUACAUGCUCUUCCUGUGGAGUUGCUUGAAAUUUCUCAUUUAUGGCUCAUUAGUGCUGGUGAUACUGAUCCCCUCCUCGUUCGGGCUUUGGCACCUCUUCAUCGUGUACAGAGGAGGAGGGGUCACCGCAGCUCUGAGUGGAAACUUACAAAUUCAGCAGUCCUUGUGGAUGGGCUUAGCAGGCGUGUCCAUUGGCUUAUUCCUUUGGUGCACCCUGAAGCAGAUAUUCAAUAGGAUCCAGACUGCGGAAGGCUGUAUCAUGGCUACUACCGAAUGUCUCUUUGAGCUUCCCUUCGUGCUACUAGAACCUGCUUUCAGCCUCUUGGCGAAGGUAAUGAUCGCGCUCCCCCUCUUCAUUCUCAUGCUUGAGUAUGCCUCAACUGGGGAGAUGCAGCUCAUCGCAACCGAGCGUGGGAUACACCGACACUUACAACUUCGCAAGGAGCAGUGGGGGAUCAUCCUUUACUUUGCCUUCUUGAUCGCAUGGACUCUUGAGCUGGUUCACAAUAUGACGCAGUACAUCUUGGCCUAUAUAGCACAGAGGUGGUACUUCACGCCAUAUGUGGGUGAGCAGAAAGUGGAUGUGCCGGGGCUUUGCGUGAUUUUUGAAUCCACCUGCAACCUUUUCCGUUACCAUUUCGGAUCCGUCGUGUUCGGCUCGCUUCUGAAGACCCUCUUCCGAAUUCCAAAAAUGUUCGCCUACUGCAUCUUUUUGCUGGGAUGCUGCAAGUACUCGAAGCACAGGGAGGUCAAGGAAUCCUCCGGGACAAGCUUUAGCGCAUCUCUCAUGUUUGCGUUGCUCCGCAAAGAAGGCUACAUGGACAUGGCAAUCACUUCUUCAGACUACUGCGAGGCCACCGAGCAUGCGACAUUCACUUUGGAUGAUUCCUCCACGGAGUUGGUGUUGACUUGGACACAGAUCAUUUUCGAGCUCGGCGGCUGGGUUCUGAUGACAGGUGUGGGGGCGCUGUACAUGGCAGUGACUGUGCAUAGCAACCCGCGUUUUACAGAUGCCACCGAUGACGAAAUGUUCCUGAAGGAGCCAGAUGCUGUCGUGGCUUUGGCUGCUGUGCUCGGCCUGGCAGUUGGCGUCAGCUUUAUGAAUGUUUUCGAUGUUAUCGGCGACACGAUCCUGUACUGCCUGGCUUUGGAGGAGCAGCGCUUCACGCAGCUGAAAAAUGCCAGCAACCCACACCAUAAGGACGAUCCUACCCUCAUCGAGAGGUGUACUUGUCGAGACAGCAGCUCUGGAGGCUUCCUCAGCUGGAUGAUGGGCUACGACGAGCAUGAGCAGGAGGAUGACGACCAUCCCCGAGUGCAAUAUGCGCCACAUUCUCUGAAAGAACUAGCGGACGCCAGGAACGCAAAGUAUAAAUAG